AUGGAAAGUGACCUGCAAAGCUUCUUCACCUUUGUAAUAUUUGUGCAGAUAAUAAUUGGAAAUUUGAGCAAUGAGUUUAUACUACUGAUAAAUUUAAUUGACUGGUUCAAUAGAAGAAAGCUUUCCUCAGUGGAUCAAAUCAUCACUAUCUUGGCAGUUUCAAGAAUUGGUCUCAUCUGGGGAAUAUUAGUAAGUUGGUCUCAAUUUAUAAAUUCAUUUCCAAAGCUGAAACAACUUAUAAUUACUGUUUAUAUCUGGAUAUUGUCCAAUCAUUUCAGUCUCUGGCUUGCUACAAUCCUCAGCAUCUUUUAUUUGCUCAAAAUAGCCAGGUUUUCGAGACCUAUUUUUCUCUAUCUAAAGUGGAGAGUAAAAAAAGUGAUUCUGACUAUAUUGUUUGGAAUGUUGGUCUUCUUGUUUUUUAAUGUGAUGCAAAUAAACACACACAUCAAAAACUGGAAACACAAUCAUGAAAAAAAUACAACUUGGAAUUUCACAGUGACUGACUUUGUAACAUUAUCAAGGCACAUCAUACUCAGCAUUACCAUGUUCUCCCUCACACCAUUUAUUCUGGCCUUGAUCUCUUUUCUUCUGCUUAUUGUCUCCUUAUGGAAACAUCUCCGGAAGAUGCAACUGAAUUGCAAAGGAUCCAGAGAUCCCAGGACCAAUGACCACAUAAAUGCCUUGAAAAUUAUGGUCUCUUUCCUGCUGCUCUACACUAGUUAUUUUCUGUCCCGUAUUGUGUCAUGGAUUUCUCACAUAUAUCAAGUUAAACUGGUUGAUCUACUUUCUAUGGCUAUUGGUCUCUUCUAUCCUUCAACCCAUUCACUAGUCCUCAUACUGGGAAACUCCAAGUUAAGUAAGGCCUCUUUUUUUGUGCUGAGGAAGCUAAAGUGUAGGAUCAAGAAUGAGACAACUGCAUAA